GAGAGCGACACGCAGAGCAGUCAGACAGAGACACACACAGAGCAGACAGAGACACACAUAGAGCAGAUAGAAAGAGAGAGAGACACACAGAGCAGACAGACAGAGUGAGACACACACACAGAGCAGACACAGAGUGACACACAGACAGACAGAGAGAGUGAGACACACACACACAGAGCAGAUAAACAGAGCGAGACACACACACAUAUCAGACAGACAGAGACACACACACAGAGCAGACAGAGAGAGAGAGAGACACACACACAGAGCAGACAGACAGAGCGAGACACACACACAGAGCAGACAGACAGAGCGAGAGAGACACACACAGCACACAGAGCAGCCAGCCAGCCAGACAGAUAUAUAUCGAGACACACACACAGAGCAGACAGACAGAGUAAGACACACACACAAAGCAGUCAGACAGACAGACAGAGAGAUAUCGAGACACACACACACACACACAGAGCAGCCAGACAGACAGACAGAGAGAUAUCGAGACACACACAGAGCAGAGAGACAGAGUGAGACACACACACACAGAGCAGACAGACAGACAGAGAGAUAUCGAGACACACACACACACAGAGCAGCCAGACAGACAGACAGAGAGAUAUCGAGACACACACACACAGAGCAGCCAGACAGACAGACAGAGAGAUAUCGAGACACACACACACAGAGCAGCGCCGGCGAUGUCCACACCGCCGUUAAACGUCUCGGACGAGGAGCGACUCUCCGCCAAUGGAAGCGGCCCCGUGACUCCGAUCGGCCACGACGCUCCGCACGGGGUGAACUUCAUCGCGCUCUCAGUGCUCAUGGGCAUCACGUCGGCUCUGUCCAUCGCUUUCAACGGGCUGGUCGUCGUCGUCACCCUGCGCUCCAGGCUCCUGCGGAGGCCGCUCAACUACGCGCUGGUGAACUUGGCGUGCGCCGACCUGGGAAUCUCGCUCAGCGGCGGUGUCAUCACGACAGCGAGCAACGCCCGGGGAAGAUUUGACCUGGGGACAGCCGCGUGCGUCGCCGAUGGCUUUCUGGUGGCGGUGUUCGGCAUGACGGCGCUCAUCACGGUCUGCGUGCUCGCCGUGGAGCGCUACGUGGUGGUCUGCAAGCCGCUCGGCAGUGUGCACUUUGGCACGCAGCACGGCCUCUGCGGAGUGGCCAUCUCGUGGGCUUGGGCCCUUGCGUGGAGCAUGCCGCCUCUCUUCGGCUGGGGCCGCUACCACUACGAGGGCGUGGGCACGUCCUGCGCGCCCGACUGGGCUGACAGCAGCCCGUCGGGACGCAGCUACAUGACCGCGUACUUCAUCUUCUGCUUCGCGCUGCCCAUGAUCAUCAUACUGUUCUGCUACACCAAGCUGAUGAUCUCCAUACACAAGGUCUCAAAGCUUGGCUUGAGUGCCAAUGACACAGCCGAGAGGAAGGUCGGAGUCAUGGUGGUCGUGAUGAUAUUUGCCUUCUUCCUCUGCUGGCUGCCUUACGCUGCACUGGCCAUUGCUGUUGUCAUCAAGCCGGACCUGAAGGUGCCCCCUGUCACCGCCUCUAUUCCGGUUUACAUGGCCAAGUCGAGUGGUGCUUACAACCCCAUCAUAUACAUCUUCAUGCACAGACAGUUCCGGGAGCACAUCUCGCGCAUGUUUUGUGACCAUCGUAAUCAAAGCAGCCGAAUAAAACCCGAAGAGAACACGAUGCAGAGGCUACAGCCCGCUUAAAGUCACCGGGAUCACUCGGGAUGGAUGAAGAAAUCGUUGUAAGCCAAGGUUCAACGUUAACAACACACCCCCCGCAUACACUGAGAUUCAGAUAUACACCACUCGAUUUGAAGCUUUCGUGCCUACAGGAAUCCAUACUCUCUGUUUUUUUCGGUAAAGUCACGUAGAUAGAAAAAAGUAUUGAAUAAAAGAAAACACUAUUCUAUUAUUGUUGCUUCUAUCGAUGUGACUUUACCGAAAGAACCAGAGAGUAGAAACACUGCUCUCUGUCAAUCCAUUGCCGGGUGCAUGCCUCCCUCAAACUCACUCGGUCAUGAUUCUGUGUGACCGCUCAUAUUGUCCCCACUGUUGUUCGACCCUGCGUCAUCUCGCCGUGGUGAGUGUGGGUUGACGAAGAGGGAGGAACCUAGGGCGAGUUCGGAUAUCACUCGCCAGGGAAACAAACUCAGGUUGGCGGGUUCAUAGCGCGGUGCGCUAAUCACUGCGCCACCACUCCUCUCCAUAGACGAAGUAUUGUAAAGUACAGCCGCUAUCAUCUGGAUUAUAUUCGAUGUUUGCAUGCUGAACUUCUUUUGCAUCGUACGUAGCCAACCGUGCUAAUUGGAGAUGUAUUAAUACACUGCGUAACAAAACGUGAAUGUCCACCUUUGUCACGAAUUGCAGAUAUGCAAUCAGAUUGUGUCUUUGUGACAUGUUUAGAUUUUUUUGCGAUUGGCUUUGGAGCGCAUGAUUUUUGUCCACUUUGUUUUUUGCCAGAAAGAAAAUUUUUCUCAGUGAUGUUGAAAAAUAACAGUUGUGUUUUUUUGUCUACAUUUCUACUGUAAUAUGAACACCUCCAAGCGCAUCAAUCACGACACCUUCUUGUGCAGUUUAUGACAUUUCAUUAGCAAGCCUUGUGCAUGUUGUGAGAAAAUUAUCAUUUCACUUGAGAUCACUUAAUAAUCAGUGUUUCAUCGUCAUGUGCUUGUGAGAUUGUUAUUAUCUUUCACUAUAUGCAGUGAGUGGUGAUGGCGUCUCUGCCAGUGAUUGCAAAAUAACCGUUAAAUUGUGUUACAUUAUUGAUAUGUAGAAGUAGCCUGUGCUAUUUUCCUCAAUAAAGUGUUCGAUCUAUUUGGCGUCUCUCUGUAUAUAUAAAGUGUAUACCUAGAUAUUACUGUAGUGAGUGACUUGAAAUUGUUUAUUUUGUAAACACAACGCUAAACAUAUCUAGUUGUUCAUAAUAAAGGUUUUUGGGUUAGAUCGCGUUAUUUAUAAAUGUGUCGUAACCCUCCACCACCCGACACGGCCAAAGAGUAAAAAAUGUGUCACGUUUACAAGGGACAAAUAGUUCACUACUUUAGCCCACCGGUGAGUUGAAGAGUGAAUCAACAUCAUUUAAAAUUUGAGUACGACGUUUCGCUAGUAAUUGCAUCCAGCUUCAUCGGGCAAUUUGCCAGAAUGGUGAUGCUCUCCUCUUGAUCCCGGUCUUAAAUAGAGCAGCAGCAGGGUGACGUAAAAAAUGUACUGUGGCACAAUAUUGAUUUAUUUUCAGGUAGGACAAAUGCGGGGCUUAAUUUCUCGGUAAAUUUGUGAAAACGCUGCUAGGCUUAGCUUGGAGUGGGCUGGUACUACCACUGUCACUAUUGUACAGCGAAUUCAUAAUAACCCUAAACAGUCCUGUAUUAUUCUACCAUAUAUCUUAUACGCCUAUAAAGAUGAUGUUGAUAACAAUUACAAGGACAGAAAUAAGGCAAGAUGUGUGGCAAAAAAAUGCUGGCACAAGGUUCUUGGACUGUUCCGAAUUUAGUGCUGGCUAAAUUUAUCGAGAUUCAUUGCAAAUCUGGCUGUCGCCUGAUGAAGCUAGUUGUAAUUACUGGCGAAACGUCGUACUCAGAUCGUAAAUGUUGUGGCUUGGUUCUCCAACACACCGGUGUGCUGUGCUAGUGACGAAUUGGCACGUUCUGUUUACGUGACAAACCUUACUAGUUGGCUGUGUCGUUUGGUGGCGGGUUUUAACGACACAUUUAUAUAUUUACGCAUUCUAACCCAAAAAAAUCCUCUAUUAUGGAUGAUAUUGGUCGCGAAAGCCUACGUGUUCAAUAACUGUGAUCUUUGGACAACGUGUAUUUUAUGUUUCUCAUUAAACACAGCUUGAAAUGUGGAGUACGUGUGACUACAAACGAUUGCUGUCACAAUUGACUUG